AUGUCGACCACCGCUACCAUGACAAUGACCGCCGCCCCCGUCGUCGUCGUCGAACCCGUCACCGGGACGUUGUCUACCACCCCUUGCUGCCCGCAAUGCGGUACCGACCUUGAGGGGACCCAGCCCUUCGAGGAGAUGCAAGCGGCCGUUCUCGACGCGCACAACAAGAUCCAAGAACUCCAAAACCAAGUGCGCCUGCUCAACGAAAAGGCUUCAUCCGCCGUCGAUCGCUGGGCCGAUUACGAAGACGAGAUAGCCCGACUACGGGGGCAGCUCAAACAGCAACAACAACAACAAUCCCAAUCCCAAACCUCCCCAGCCGCCUCCCAAAUAUCAUCACCACAACAACAUCAACACGCCGCCGCCGCUGCCCUCGCCACCCCUCCUCAAUCCGCAACCCCCUCCACAACCGCAACAGCCAACGCCUCACCCACCUCCGUCGCCGCCCGCAGCGUCGGCUCCGUCUCCUCCUUCCUGCCCACCGGCGCCGCCUCCCGCCUCUCCGCCUUUUUAACUUCGCGCAAAUCAACACCAAACCUCAAAUCAGGCACACCACCCGCUGGUUCUUCCCACCCGCACAUGCCAACGCACCAAUCCACCCUGUCCCAGUCAUUCACGCAAAGCAGCCCGCUCCAACAACCCUUCCAAUCUGUCCCUAGUUCUAGUGUCCAACACCAAAAGGAGAUUUCGGACCUGCAAACAGCCCUGAACACGGAAAAGUCUCUGCACAGCGAAACACGUGCCAAGCUAGCCAAAGCUGAGGCGAAACUCACCGCUACGUCGCGGGAGAUUGAAGAACUUUCCGUGACGCUGUUCUCGGAAGCCAACGAGAUGGUUGCGAAUGAGAGGAGGGCGAGAGCGAAGCUUGAAGAGAGGGUGAAGACGCUGGAGAAGAGGGAUGAGCAGAAGAAGGAACGGCUGGAAAUAUUGGAGGGGGCGGUGAGGAGGAUGGAAAGGGUUAGAGAGGUUUUGAGGGAGACGGAGAAGUUGGAGAGAGGCAGGAGGGGGAGGGAAGAUGAUGACGAGCGUCACGGUGGGAGUGAGGAUGAGGAUGAUGAGGAUGAGGAUGAGUUUGGGGGGAAGCUGGUACCCGUGGUGACGCCAAGGGGGGAUGGCCAACCCAGGCUGGAUCUGGAUGAUUGA